UUGUAGGUCCCUAGCUGUUCUUUUCUUUGUUGCUCCCAGACAGCCGCGAACAGAAGCCAGCAAUUCCACUCUCCUCCGUCCCCGCGGCGCUCUCCUCCAGUCCUCCUCCACUUUCCCCGCGCGCCGUCGCCAUGUCGGAGCACCUCGCGCUCCGGAGCUCCGUAGGAAGCCGCAGCUCCGCGCUGCCCUCUCACAACCCGCGCCUCCCGCCCGCACACGACCCUCUCGCCUCCGUCUGGAUCCGCCGCCUCCACCUCACCCCGAACCCCCCGCCGCCGCCGCGGCCCCCGCCUCCGCCCCCGCCGCUGCCCCUGCCACGCCGCGCGACGCCACCUUCUCACCAGGACGCCGUCUCCACCGACGAGUCCCGCACGCCGCCGCCGCCCCCGCCACCUCCCCCGCCGCGCAGAGCCGGGUUCGGCCCCUUCCGCUGGAGCCCGCGGCCUUUGCGGGGCGCGCCGGUCGGCGCGUGCGACGCCUCCGUAUCUGGCGCCUCUGUUGGUGGUAGCGGCGUUGGAGGCGGCCCACCGAUGCUGUCGCCGUUCUUCCGUCUCCCGGCGCCGCCGCCGGUGACGCAGGUCUCGGAUUUCGGAGAGGUCGCGCCUGUGAGGCCGCUGAUCGGUCUUGGAAGCCACAGCGGCAGCAGCGGGUUUCCUGGGCUAUCACCGCCGAUGGUCGGCGGUGGCGACGCCAGUGCCACCUGGCUGCUGGGCAGAGCUGCAGGUGCUGCUUACCCUAGCCAUGCUUUGGACAUGGUUCCCAUAAGAACACUUGAUGAUCUGCAUGACAGACAGCAUGGUGUGAUAGCAGUACCACCAAAUCUUGCAAGGCAUGAUCCUAGCUCUAGCAGCCAACAUGAUGAACCUUUCUCAUAUUGGAACAUGGGGAGGUGUCGGAGAAACACCACUACCUCAUCGAUCACACCUAUCAGUGUUGCGCCUGCCAAUUUUGGCACGAAGAGGAAUGCUGAUUCGAACAGUUUUCUCCCUCUGAAGCUCAGGAAACUAAGUAGGGCUAUUUAGAGCUCAGUGAAAUAUCUGGACGGCAGCUUUUUUGAAAUACAUAAGAAGCAUCUUAAAUAUGCUGCUAUCUGGAACAGCAUGUAGUAAUGCUUCACCAUGAUAGAGCUUGACAAAGCUGGAGAUGGACGUAUUUGGUGGCAACCGUGUAAAUUGUAAAUUUGCCCCAAACCGCUGCACUUGGUGGUGUCCUACUGUCCUUUGAGCUGUAUGUUUGUUUGUAUAAUACAGUGUAACAUAUAGGGAGAUACUAUGUGCCACGUUUCCUGUAUGGCUUCAUAUCUCAACAAAUACAUAAUUUUUGUUCCAA